GAUGACAGGACGUCAUUGAGGUCAACACAAAGUGUCAUGUCAGCCUCCAGUGCGGCGAGGCGUCCUGUGGAAGCGAUGCUUGGCCUGUCUAUUAGAGAGGUGUCUCAGGCACUGAGGGAUGGGAAGGUCUCUGCCACUGAACUCUGCAGAAAAUGCAUCAACCAAAUACAACGAACACGUUACCUGAAUGCUUAUAUAACAAUUGCAGAGGAGACGGCCAUGGAGCAAGCAGAGAGAGCAGAUAAAAGGUUCCACACAGGUAAAGCACUUGGUCCUCUAGACGGCAUUCCUUUCUCAGUAAAAGACAACUUCUGCACAGAGAACAUCAAGACCACCUGUGCUUCAAACAUGCUUAAAGGUUAUGUUCCUCCGUUCAGUGCUACAGUUGUGCAGAAACUGUUGGAUCAAGGAGCAGUUCUUGUUGGAAAAACUAAUUUAGACGAGUUUGCAAUGGGAGCUGGUAGUACAGAUGGUGCUUUUGGUCCAGUUCGUAAUCCAUGGAGUUAUGCAGCCCCUUACCGUGAACAGAGUGCAGAAGAUCCAGACUCAGACUGGACAAUAACAGGAGGAAGUUCAGGAGGCAGUGCAGCAGCAGUGGCGUCUCUCAGCAGCUUCCUAGCCUUAGGAUCUGAUACUGGAGGCUCCACGCGUAACCCUGGUUCUCUCUGUGGAGUGGUGGCUCUGAAACCCUCUUAUGGCCUUCUGUCCCGUCAUGGCCUCAUCCCUCUGGUUAACUCAAUGGACGUGCCAGGAAUCAUGACCAGAAGUGUUCACGAUGCCGCCACUGUCUUGAGGAUUCUCCAGGGCCGAGAUGAGAGAGACUCAACAACUGUCCAGGCACCAAACACUCCACCCAGCCUUCCUGAACAUUUUGACAUGAGAGAGAUAUGCGUCGGUAUACCAAAGGAAUAUCAUGCUCCUGGUCUGUCAGAGGACACUUUGGCCCAGUGGAGUCGAAUGGCAGACAUAUUUGAAAAGGCGGGUGCUAGGGUAAAAGAGGUGUCUUUACCACACACCCCAUACUCCAUCGUCUGUUACCACGUCCUGUGCUGCUGUGAGGUGGCAUCCAACAUGGCACGGUUUGAUGGGCUUGAAUACGGUCAUCGUAGUGCAGUGGACAGCUCCACAGAUGCCAUGUACGCCACCACACGACAUGAAGGAUUCAACAAUGUUGUUCGCAGAAGAAUCCUCUCAGGGAACUACUUCCUUCUGAAAUCGAACUAUGAGCGCUACUUUGUGAAGGCUCAACAAAUGCGCCGUCUUAUUGCUGAAGACUUUAAAAAAGUGUUUAGUUCUGGCAUAGAUGUUCUCCUCACCCCCACAACACUAAGCGAUGCGGCACGUUACUCUGACUUCAUAACAGAAGACAACCGAACACGCAGUGCUCAGGAGGAUGUCUUCACACAGCCUGUCAACAUGGCAGGUCUGCCUGCCAUCACGGUCCCAACAGCGCUCUCACAGCGAGGUCUUCCCAUUGGCCUGCAGCUGAUCGGUCAGACACUACAAGACUGGAAAUUGUUGACAGUCGCCCACUGGAUGGAGAAACAACUCCACUUCCCAAUGAUCCAAUUCCACAGGGACUCAAAUGAAAGGGAGCAGAGAAGAUCCAUCAGAGACAGGACACACACAGUAGGAUCAUAACCAAAACCCAAAGACAGAACAGGUGUCAGAACAGAACGGGGAUUGUCUGUAUAUCUCUGUUCUUGGGUGUAAGAUUCAAGGCUUAUUUUCCCAAAAUACAAGUGACUUUUAUUAUGCAGCGUUGGUGUAUGUGGAGCCACUGAAUUAAACGUAGUAACUGCAAUUGUGUCAAGAAUGCAUAAUUAACUGUGAAAAAAUUAUCACACUUUUAAUUAAACUUAUUAUUUGUUA